AUGUCGACCACAAGUCAACCUCCCACGCCGAGCAUUAUCACAGCACCAUGUACCCUUCAGACAUGUCCCCUUGACUGGGCUUUUAUUCGAUACAUUCCUAGUCUACCAGGGAAUGCUCUCUUCCUCGCUCUGUUCGUCACAAUGCUUCUAGCUCAGGUAUUUUGCGGAACUCGUUAUCGUACUUGGAGCUACCUAGCCACUAUGUCGGGUGGGGUACUGCUCGAAAUAAUCGGUUAUGGAGGACGACUAAUGUUGCACUCGAAUCCAUUCGAUUUUUCUGCCUUCUUGCAAUACCUCAUUUGUCUUACCAUCGGACCAGCUUUUAUAACGGCCGCCAUUUACAUAUGUUUCGCGCGAGUGAUCAUCGUCUACGGUGCUAGCAUCUCAAGAAUCAAACCCAAGACUUACGCAAGAAUAUUCGUGACCUGUGACCUGAUUUGCCUCGUCCUACAGGCCGCUGGGGGAGCCAUAACGGCCACGGCUGGUCAAGAACAAGACGGACUGCGGCAUACAGGUAUCAACAUUAUGAUUGCCGGCUUAGCAAGCCAGGUCGUAGCGUUAGGAUCAUUUAUGAUCCUGUGCGGCGACUAUGUAUGGAGGCUGCAGCGCCAUGUCCGGGUGGUUCCUCAAUCAAUCGAUGGUGAUUGGAAAUGGAAAGGCUUUCUCAUAGGUUUGGCUAUAGCAACACUUACAAUUUUCAUACGGUCGAUCUUCCGCGUCGCAGAACUAAAUGGUGGAUUUAGUAGCGACCUGGCAAAUGAUGAAGUGGCUUUCAUGAUUCUCGAAGGCGCUAUGAUGGUUAUUGCUUGUGCGUGCAUGAGUGCGUUUCAUCCAGGAUACUCUCUCGUUGGAAACUGGAAGGACCUUGUCUCCCCUUUGGUCAAAGCAAGAGAGAUCGACGACUUGGCGUUGACUGCGAUAUCAGACUCGGGAAAGCCUUAG